AUGAAGGUCAACAAUGAUGCAAAGGAGUUCCCUCCUGAGAAACCUUCCAAUAGUCACCAAGGAUCAUCAGACUCGAAAGCUGAUUCUGAACAUGGGUUGAAUAAAAACACGGAGAUGCUCCACACCGACGCAUGCAUUGAGCAUUUUCAGGACUCUCAAGAAUCAUCUCAAGCGCCGACCCCAACGACUUCCGAAAUAUCUUCCUUAGGAGAAAGUUUUAACAGUCAAGAAGAAUCAUCGACCCCAUCAGUUGGCGACGAGGGAAGACUGGAUGAUGAUCAUGAGAGAUUUUCACCGCCCGCACUUGUUACUACCUUAACGAUAUUCUGCCUCUACUGUGUGUUCGAUUUCUGGGAUAAAGUUUCUCGAAAAUUCUUCACCACCCAUUGGUCGGAAAUACUCUUUAUUGUUGCGACAAUGGUUGCGCUGGCCUCUGUGUUCAACCCGCUCAAGACUGCGACCGGCCUUGGUUGUGUCGCCUACACCACCCUUCACUUUUGUAUACGAAGGCAUUUCUUCUCCGUAGUUGGAGAAUGGAACCGGCUUCCUUGGGACCUCAAAGUCAUCUACUACCUUCACGAAGCCGAUAAUAUUGGACUCCAAACUCUCCUCAUGACAAGUUUAGUGGCCUGGCUAGGCCCCGAGACAUGCCAGAUCGCCUUGAAGAGACAUAUACCAGCUUGGACGAAGGAGUUACUCCCGCACUUCAUCGCCAAGAAUCUCUGA